AAGUCUUUCUUCUCCAAUUAUCCAUCUCUGUUUUUCACCGCAGACACGGCGGUGACAACCAUGAGCCGUUGGGAGUAUUUUUCUGGCACUCGACCCCACCUUCCUCCGCCGCUGAGCUGCUCAAAUGGCUUGCCACAACGGCGCACGACUUGGCUCACGGCAUCCUUAACUCUGGCCGCCGCCAUAGUCCGGAUCAGCUAUGAGAUGGGGCAUUACAAACUAUUCAAAUGGUGUGAUUUACAGAUUGAUAUCUUGAAGCGCUUACAACGAGAAGCCUUUUCAGAUAUCAUGAAACUCAGGGAUAGGCAAGACAAGGUAGAAAGACUACUCACUUUCUACAAAUCUUCCAAGGGAAGUCCAUUCCAGGAAUCCGGCACUCUUGUGAGGGGAAAUGUCAAUGUACUAGGGGCAUUCUUCGUUAUGGAUGAUGUUGACGAGCAUGCCAUUCAAACAUCUGCUUUUAGAAAUGGUAUUGAUGCUAGGCUGAGAUUUGAAACUGAUGUAAGGGAGAAAGAUAAACUUGUAGCUGAAUAUUCUGCCAAUGCCAAUGGCAAGGUGAUAUGCUGGGCGUUUCACUUUCGCUUGCAAAAUUUCUCUAUGCUGCACAUUUUAGUGAUUGGUUCUCUGCCGUUGCAUUCCCAACAAACGGAGACAUUCUUGAACAUGAAUUUCGGUUACACUGCGACCAGGUCUUGUAUAUGUGAAGGAUGGAGUAACCCAGCUCCCGGCCAUAACGAUCUAUUCCAGCUGGUCACUAUAACUGUUGCUCGCCAUUUUGUGACAUAUAUUUCUCUUGUUGCCGAGAAAAACAUGGAUUCUACAUGUGAGCCAUUGAUGUUAUAAUAGUAGUAGUUGUGAUAUUGGGGCAACUAUGUUUUUGGUUUCUUGUAAGUUGAAGCAAAACUGGUGAAGAGGUGAAGAUAUAGCCUUA